GUCAGCUUGCAUGAUCGCUUUUUUCACGUUUCCGUUUUUUCUGAUUGUUGUGAUUUAUCGAGUGCGUCUUACAUUAAAAGACACCCUGCCACAUCCUUGCUUGAUAGUAAACGUACGCAUGAAGGAUGAACGACGAAGACGACGAAGAAGCCAGCAAUAGAAAUUUGCAGAAGUCUUGUUCGCUUCUCGCUCACUUUCCAGCGUCCUUUACGAACAAGUGCCUGCUUGGUCGUUAAAACCCGACGUAUUCCCUGUCGUCCAACAUCUCAGAUGGCUCGGCCAGACUGGCGACGCGCGGUCGAGCCACUGGGCAUCAGGGAGUGGCCCUACACAACGGCGUCGGAGGCGGGCUUGAUCGACACUCACUGCCACCUGGACUUCGUCUUCACCAAGACCUGCCACACAAAGUCUUUCACGCACUUCCGCCUCGCUCAUCGCAACACUUUCCCGUACUGUUACGAAGGGUGCGUGGCCAACUUCAGCGAGCCCGAAACGUUCGAGCAGCGACGCCUCUGGAGGUCCGUGCUUUCGGACGAAGGUGUGUGGGGCGCGUUCGGUUGCCACCCACGCAGGGCUCGCGAUUACACCGACGACAUCGAGCGAUACCUCGUUCGUGCCCUGGAAGACCGCAGCGUGGUGGCCCUGGGCGAGAUCGGGCUCGACUACUCCAUGUCCGGAAACGACGCCGAGCCGGACUGGGAGAAGUUCAAGAAAACGCAGCAGGCGGUGUUCCGCAGGCAGCUCGCGUUGGCCAGGCGUCGACGGCUGCCCCUGGUGAUUCACUCGCGAGACGCGACUGCCGACACGAUCCGUAUUCUCAAGGAGAUGGUCCCGGCGGACUACCCGAUUCACCGGCACUGUUUCACGGGUGACUGGGACGAUGCCAAGUGCUGGCUGGACACGUUCCCGCGGCUCUGCCUGGGCAUCACGCCGUUGCUGGGUUUCCAGGGAGUCGAACCGCUGGUUGAGGCGGCGCAGAGGAUUCCGCUGGACCGUCUGCUGCUCGAGACGGACGCACCCUUCUUCCUGCCAAAGCGAGAAUCGAGGAGGCUCGCCUGCUCUCACCCUGGCAUGGUUAUCCACGUCGCUACUAAGAUGGCCGCUAUCCGCGACAUAUCUGUCGACGACGUCAUUAGCGCGGUCCGGGAGAACACGCGCCGCGUCUACGGCAUCUGAGGUUGUGGAGAUAACGCGAUUUGGCCACGCCAUCAUUUGUCGUCUGCGGCUACAGAGCUACCCGCUGCGAGCCCAACCAGGUGUUGUGCGGUGUGACGAAGUUUUUAUAGAUGGCGUUCGCUGGUACAGAUGGGGAACGCAACUUUUACCGUCUUCGACUUUGCGGUGGUCAGCAGCUUUGAUCACUACUACAUCCCGUUCUCCGGAAAGAAACUCUCAAUUGCGACCGAAUUUUCUUCGUUAUACUCACUUUGUAUCAAACCAUGUAGAGUUCGUAUUCUCGACACCUGGUCAUUAAACCGAAACGGAGUUUUCUUACCAGUGCUUCGUUGUCGAGUCAUUUGGAGAAAU